AGGCACGCUAUAGCUGCGGCAUGCCCAGAACUUGAAUUGCAAUCUUUUAAAGAGCUUUCGGCUGAAGCAAGUAUUCUGGCAGGUCUGGAAAAAGAGCUUUUACGUUUUGAUGAAUUGGUCGUUCCAAAACAUUAUAAGUUUGGUGUUUUAAAUGUCAAGGAGGACCAAACAAACGAGGAAGAAUGGCUCAGCAACAAGGAUAUGUCGCCUGGAUUUGAGCGACUUUUGGAUUUAAUCGGUAAACGUAUCGAGCUCAAGGGACACACGGGUUAUGCAGCUGGAUUGGACACGAAAUCCGGCGAAACAGGCGAGUUCUCUUACGUGUCUCGUUGGCACAACCAUGAGAUCAUGCUACACGUUGCAGCACUCAUGCCAUGGCGAGAACAUGAUAGACAACAAGUUCACCGUAAACGACAUAUCGGCAAUGAUAUUGUGUGUCUUGUUUUUGUUGAAGGCAACGGCAAGUUUGAUGUAAAUGCUAUCCGAUCUCAGUUCCUACACGUCUUUGUCGUUGUUCGUCUCGUCCAUGAUGCUGAAGGAAGCGAGCAGUGGCACGUCGAAGUUAUCCGUCAUGCCAACGUUGAUGGCUUUGGUCCUGUUAUUCCAAAAGCUGCUCAACUUACCAGUGACCAGCUCCGCGACUUUGUUCUGUUGAAAAGUAAGCUAUAG